GUGCACGCUGACCUGCCAGGGCCACGAGCCAGCUGUGGCACUCUCGCCGCCCACUAUCCUUGUGUUCAGAGGUGCAUCUCCACAGUCUGAGAGAGAACAGAAACCGAUUCAUCAUAGAUGCUUCUAAUUUAUCCUUUAAGGGUCGUGGAGAGAUGGCUGGAACCAGCUGACCUUGGGUGAAAGGCCAGUAUAUAGCCAGUUGAGUCUUUAAAAAUAUCACUUAGAAAUGGCCUUUGGUAUGAAUACAUUUGAAAUUAUCAUAACCUUGAAGAUGUGAGUUGGAAUAAUGUGGAAGUGUGUGUUUGUUUGAUUAGAUAAAGGAAAGUUUAAACAGCAAAUAAUCAGCAGAAAAAACUACUUAUCUUUCCUAGUUGAAACAAAGUUCAAAGUGAAGUUCACUACAUGUUUUUAUGGCAGCAGGUCAACACAGUUGUUUUUGGGGUUGAAGUGAAUCUGCAUGUGUUGGGACUGUGGAAACCCCCACUGACAAGGACCAAGAAACCCACAGAAAGACCAAGCGCUUUCUCACUGUGAGCGCUAACCAUGUCCCUCACUUCAAUCUAUAUAUAUAUAUAUAUAUCUGAGUGUAUGAGUCAGACCUGUGUCUCCAUGUAUGGUGGUGUAACAGUGUUUUGCUUUGUGCAACUACAGCCACAGUGUGUCGCUAGAGUCACAGCUAUUACCUCCAAUUAUUUCUAAGCUUCGGGAUGAGUUGUGCAAACAGCAAUGUGAGUAUUCUGUUCGAAUUCAUUCUUCAUAUGUUUAUAUGAACUAUUUACCAUGAUAGUCCCGCGCUGAUAUUUAAUAUAACAGAUUUUGCUUUAAUAUGAUUUAUGAAAUAGUUAUGAAUAUGCGUCAGUGUACAAUUAGAUUAUACUGCAAGUCUGAUCAGAAUAACAAACAAUUCAGAGAAGCAAACUUCUGUUUGAUUUUAAUGAUAAUAAUAAUAAUCCACAUCACAUUACACUGGCAGCUAAAUAUAACCAAUGAGUCAUAAAAUCUUAAUAAAUUCCAUUUGUAGUAAAUGACUAUGGAAUUAUUUCCUGAUCUUUAGAAAUUCAAGGUGUAAGUGGAGAUGUCCUGAAUCCCUGAAUGUUUCAGUCACUGUACAGUUUGCUAUUGGAUAUUAAUGGUGUUAUAUUACAUGUUCAAUGUGAUACAGGACAUUACAAGGAUGACGUGCUUGACGUCAUGGAAACAGUUAAUGACAACAUCCUCAGUGGUCCUGCGAGAAAGCCUGUGUUUCGUAUUCACAUCAUUGUAUUAACGUUUCACUGAGUCUAAAAGUCAUUUCAUUUUGAACCACCAUUAACUACAUCCUCACAAAUAUACAUAAAGUUGAAUCACAGCUAACUAACUAGCUGACUAAAUACCAAACUAACUAAAUAACCUACUUCCUCACUCACUCAGUUACUUACUCACCUACUUUGUGUAAAUACUCACCUUGAUUCAACAGGACUAUACACAUCAAAAGCAUUAGAACCGUCCCAGCUGCCAUAUCGGAUCUGUCACUGUGCGUCUCCAGCUGUGACUCACUCUAUGUUUAAAUCACUCUUUUGAACUUAAGCAGGUCGUUUAUUACACAAUAGCAACACCCUACAGUACAGGUUAGACCUGUAUAACCUUUGUGAUUGGAAAUAACUUCAGACCCCCUCCCCCACACCCACAAACACACACACACACACACACACACACACACACCCUUUGCAGCAGGACAAUCACUGUUUUUGAGCUUUUGAUGAUUGAGAUUGACUUUCCUAUUCACAGUGGGUGUGUGACGCUGCUCAAACCUGAUUUCCUCAAUAGCUCUGCUGUGUGAGAAUCCCGCCCACUUUCAUCUCAUAGCUCUAUAUAAGACAGUAAAGGGGCCUGGCGAUAAGACACGGCUCUCAAGAUGCGGUGUAAAGUCCUCGUCUAUGUCGGCCUCCUGGCUCUCGUAAAGCAUGUGUCUCCCAGAGAAAUUCAGGCCGGUCCAGAUGAAUAUGCAACCCUCCCCUGCAAUGUGACGCUCCCUGUUCCUGUGAACGAGUCUCUCAUCACUGUCAGCUGGAUAAGUAACGGCUCUGCUAUCGCCUCAUUCGGGAACGAGGCAACGCAAAUAAAGGAAGGCUUCUUCUGGCGCCCCAGUGAUUUUAUCAGUGGAAACUUUUCACUGUACGUCCUCAGAGCUACUCUCGCCCUGCAGGGGGUGUAUGAAUGCACGGUCAGCUACAACUCCACGAUCCUGCCCUCCAUCAACGUUACCCUCAGUAUCAUCGCUCCCCCCAAUCUCUCAAUCCCUCAGCAGUGGGUGGUGUUAGAGACAGAGAGCCAGUUCAUAUGCAACGCAGAUGGUUUCUACCCUCCUCCUGUCUCUUUCUCCUGGACCAGAGGCGGGCAGGUGAUUCAUCCCCCCCACCCGGUCGAAGGUGAACAGGCUCCAGACGGCUUCUACACGGCCGUGGGCAACUUGACCCUCUACCCUUCCCGUGAGGACCAGAAUGUGACCUUUGGCUGCAGAGUGUCACACAAUGGAAACAAUCAAGAGCUGGACUUCCAACUCAACAUCACAUAUCUCCCGUCUGUGCGACUCUCUGCGUUGCCGUCGCACUCCAGCAACAUUCCUCUCACUCUCUACUGUGACCUGGAGAGUUUCUACCCUGAGGAAGUGUCGGUGUCCUGGAUUCAAAAUGGCACAAGCCUCCCCGAGCCCCCGUCCACUGAGCAAAACCCAGACGGGACCUACAGCACCAGACACUAUUAUACUUUGAGCCCCGAGCAGAGGGAGCAAGGUGGGAGGGUGGAGUGCUUGGUGAACCAACCUGGGGUAAUGGUCCCAGUCAGCGGCUCUGCAGACAUGGAGAAACUGGAUCCACAAGAUGAGUCUCCGGUGUUGACGAAAUCAGCCAAAGCAUCUGUGGCUCUGAUGUGCAUUUCUAUAGUGCUGGUCUUCCUGCUCUGCUUCGGCUUUUCUUGGAGGAGAAGAGAUGAGAAGCAGAAGUCUCUCACCGUGUCGGGGAUCAUCCUCCCUCCGCAUGUGAUCAUUGGUAAAAAGGGCCGAGUGACGGUGAGCAUCGAAGGCCGGAGAGUGGACCGAGUCCAGACAGCCUGGUUCCUCAAUGAUACCCCUAUCUCCGACACCUCAUUCACAGGGACCUCCAAAGCUAACUUCAACUGCCUCUAUAACCCCCUAACCACCAUCCAUCUGCCCUACGGUCUAACUCUCACCUCCACAGCAUCAGAGAAGGGCCCUCUACUGCCCUCCAGAGGCGAGAUGGCCUACUACAAGCUGCACACUAUGGGGCCGCUGCACUCGACUGGAAGUGGCUCCCAGCAGCUGAUCUCCGCGAUGACCUUCAUGCCCCAGAUUUCAAUCCACAAGUCAGCGGUGUUCAAGUGUCAGGUCUCCUACAUUGGCAAGGACAAGAUCGUGGUGGAGAGGGUGUCCGAGAAGUUCACGAUUCUGUCUCCUCCUGAAGUAUCAGAAAUCCAGCUGGCAGAGACACCAAACGACUCAGAUGUCAUCAGCAUGACAGUACGGGCAACACAUUUCCAUCCGGACGUCAUCACCUUCCGCUGGUUCUGUCAGGGGGGUGAGCUGAGCCCCGUGGCCUCCCAGGCCUCGUCCUCCCCGAGGCCCAACUCUGAGGGUUUCUUUUCGGCGUACAGCCAGUGCAAGUUGCCCCAGAGUGAACUGGAAAAGGGAGGAACUAAAGUAUGGGUCAGUGUCCACCACAUCGCCCUGAAGCAGCCAGUCACCCGCAAAACCAGAGGCUUCAUGAGGAGGCCGUGCGUGUCCGAAAUCUUCAGCUCCGCCUCUUCCCCGGAUCAGACUUCAACGUUGGGAUGUGAAAUCACAAAUUUCUACCCUCCGAACGUCACAGUGACUUGGCUGAAGCUCAGAGAGGGAGAGCAGGAUGACAGGGAGGAGGAGGUGGUCGACGGAGGGGACCUGUGGGGCCCCUUACAGACUCAGCCCAGAAUCUACAGGGCCACAGCCUUUCUGAAGAGGAGGGCAACGAGUCAGGGGAAGAAGGAGAGACGAGGAGGGAUCCUGUGCAGAGUGGAGCACUGUUCCCUACAGGAGCCCAUUGAGAGGCAAUGGAAACAUGUUGACAUUGUUGCUCCCUCCAUUGCUCCAUCCCUCUCGGUGUGUUGGAGCAGUGAAGGGGUCGGCGUGUUCUCUCUCCUGGUGAAGGGAGGUCACCCCAAGGUCAAACUACUCUGGGCGGCGGGAGGUCACACUCUCUCGUCGCUGGUGUCCAAUGAGACGGAGGAGAUCGGAGACGACGGUCAGAGGGAGCUGAAGAGCGUGUGCGCCCUGGAGAGGUCGACGAGUCUGCCAAGUCGGACAAACAAACAGCAGGAGAGACAGAAGAACAAACACGCACUAAAAACAAAAGCUGCUGUCACAGACCCGGACGCCGAAGGGAUCGAGUACAUCGACGAACAAGUGGACGGAGAGAACAACAACAUUGACAUGGAGGAGGACAUGAACGCGGAGGUGGAGGAGGACAGCGACAAAGAGGCGGUGGACGACUCGGGCGCGCUGCACAUCAACAGAGUCAACCUGAGCAAAGGCCCCAGAGAGAGCGAGCGAGCGUGCAUGAGAGUGUGCGUGGAGAUCACACACGCGGCCCUCAAGCUUCCUGUUUAUCGAUCGUGGGCAGAGCCCAAUGAGGAAAUGUCCUCCUCUGCAUGAAGCCCUGACGUGUGAGGAGAGCGUCCCAAUGUCACACAGCAUAAAUCUAACAUACUGUACGUUUCUAUAGUGAAUACAAAGUAGUCAUGAUUCCAGAAUGUCCAGGGUUCAACUUUAUUUAUUAUGAUGUGUCACACUUAACUUUUUUUCUUCCAACUCCACAACUUUUACAAAUGUUCAUAGUUUUGUACAAAGAAUUUUGCAACAAUAAUAAUCAACCUCUGUGGAUAUUAAAUCUCUUUUGGGAACUGCAAUCUA